AUGUCAGACGAGACCAUUGUAAAAAAAUUUCGCCUGCCACGGGAGCAAAUUCUGCAGCUCUUGGAUCUUGUUGGCCCAGAGUUGUCAAGACAAACUCGACGGAGCUACCCCCUCAGCCCCGAAAUUCAGCUGCUGGCGGCUCUUCGUUUUUAUGCCGUGGGGAGUUUUCUGGAGGUUGUUGGGGAUGGAUAUGGGCUGAGUAAGACCUCAGUGUGGCUGUGCGUUCACUCAGUCACAAACGUACUGCUUCGCCACGCCACUGAUUACAUACGCAUGCCUUUCACAAUGCACGAAGUGAUGGAGACACAUCAAGGCUUCCAUGCCAUUGCGGGUAUCCCGCGAGUAAUUGGCCUUGUGGACGGGACACUUAUUCCCAUCUCCAACCCAUCAGCACUCGACCAGGCCUUCAUUUGUCGCAAGGGCUUCGCGGCUAUCAAUGUCCAAGUGGUAGUUGAUCACAGGGGAGUGAUUACUGACAUAGUGGCAAAGUGGCCUGGUAGCACACACGACAGCUUUGUGUGGGCCAAUUCAGCGGUGGGUCAAGACGCAGAAAGAAGAGUUUUUGGGGAGAGCAUUUUUUUAGGAGACAGCGGCUACCCCCUAAGAACAUACCUUCUUAAUCCAGUCACCAACCCCACCACGCAGGCUGAGCACAGUUACAACGCUGCACAUGCCCGUACCCGCAACUUGGUGGAGCGCUCGAUUGGGCGCUGGAAGAUGCGUUUCCGUUGCCUUCAUAAAUCUGCUGGAGGGUUGCGUCUGAAGCCACAAAGAUGUUGUGCAGUAGUAGUAGCUACAGCCAUGCUACACAACAUUGCAGUUACUGGAGGUGCAGCUUUGCCAGAAGAGGUGGAUGAAGAAGAGGAAGAGGAAGCAGGUUUCCACAACCCACCUGAAUUACGAGAUGCCCUACACGCUGCUGGUGUGCAAACGAGGAAUCAAAUGAUUCACUCUAUUUUUGGUUAA